AUAUCUAUAUGUCAUUAUUAAGUCAAGUUGAUUCAAAAACUCAAAAGAGUCAAGUGAGCACGUGAAAUCAAGAAAAUUCGUGAAUUUGCGCGUUGUUUCCUCCAUAAUAAUGGAAGAAAAUUCGCCCACGGUCAGCUUGAUUUCAUGCAUGCAUUUUGUACGCCGUGGCGUAGCGAAAUCGGUGCCAGAAAAGAUUGAGCUUACAGAAAAAGAGUUAGAGAGCAUAAUUAAGCAAACUGCUGAAGAUUUACGGCUUACUGAGAAUCCUGAGGACAGCGAGGAUGAGGAAGGAGAAGCGGGUGCUAGUGCUGUCAGAGAUCCACCAGCAAAUCCUAAUGAUGAGUUUGAUUUUGAAAAAUAUGACGAGGAAGAUGCAAGUGUUAACCCAAUCGGGAUUGGCUCAGUGGCUACCCUACCUAAUUUAGGUGAUUUGAGUGAAAAUGUCCAAAUCAGGACUGAAGGGCCAGAUAGUGACGAAGAAGAUGACAUAAUCAAGCCAGAUGACAACUUGCUUCUGGUCGGCCAUGUUGAGAGUGAUGCUAGCAUACUGGAGGUUUACAUAUUCAACAAAGAAGAGGGUUCAUUCUAUGUGCACCAUGACGUUAUUCUGCCUUGGUUCCCGUUAUGCAUUGAAUGGCUGAGUCAUGAUCCAUCUGAUCCUAAUCCAGGUAAUCUUUGCGCUCUUGGUGGUAUGGACCCAGUCAUCCAAGUGUGGGACUUGGAUAUAGAAAACUGUCUAGAACCAGCGUUCAAACUCGGGAAAAAGCCGAAUAAAAAGAAAAAGAUAAAACGGGUCGGACACAAAGACGCUGUAUUGGAUCUAUCUUGGAAUAGGAACUUCACACAUGUACUAGCAAGUGGUUCAGCAGACAAUACAGUUUUGCUAUGGGACCUGGAUCAAGGGGCACCUCACACGACACUCAGCUACUUUGAAGAUAAAGUACAAUCGCUAACCUUCCAUCCAUUAGAGGCUCAAACAUUACUAUCUGGGAGCUGCGACGGGCGCGCACGAGUGACCGACUGCCGGACACCAGACGCACAUCGCGCCUGGCAACUUGCAGGGGAGAUUGAGAGGGUCACGUGGGACAAACAGAAUCCCUUCUGUUUUGCAAUGAGCAACAACGAAGGCAAGGUGUCGUACGUAGACUGCAGACAAGACGAACCUCUAUGGACCAUAACUGCACAUGAAAAAGAAGUCACAGGUCUUAUUCUCAGUGAACAGGUGCCAGGGCUAAUGGUCACAAUAAGCACCGACGGCAAACAGAAGACCUGGGAUAUAUCCAGCGCUCCACCAGUCCAGGUGAGCGAGCGAAGUGGCCGCGUCGGCCAAGCGUUGUGCGCGGCCAGCUGCCCAGACGCACCCUUCUCCAUAGCCGUCGGCGGCGACAACAAGGAAUGCUGCAUCGAGAUGGUGGACCUCACCAUCAACGAACAAUUUGUCCACCGGUUCGGGUCGCGACCCCUCGUGCAAGUCACUACAGAAUCAAAUGACGACGCAAUGGAAUCGUAGUACUCUAAGUAUAACAAUGUAUUUCUUAUAGUCUAAGCUAUAUAAAAAUGUAAUAAACUUAUAUAAAAAUCGUUUUAAAAUUGUUCUUAUUAUUAUAUUUAUUUGAAUCGUUCGUUUUCGAUUCGCGCGCGAAAGUGUAUGCCCAUUUCACACAGCA